AUGGUCAGUGCCACCACCAAGUUUAUCAAAGCCGGGAGAAUUAUCGAGAAAUCGAAGAAGAAAGCCAUGUCAGGAAAUGUUGGCGUUCGAGUGCAGGAAAAGCGGAUACAAAGGGAAAAGGUCGAGGAAUCUUCCUACAUCCGUGAAGGUUGGAUCCGCAAAGCAGGGGAGAAAAGUCAAGUGUUCACUAAAGAGGAUAUGCAAGAACUUGAGAGUGAGAUCCUAGAGGAACUAGGAUAUAUCUAG